UUCGACUGACAGUCAAUAAAAUAACAUUACGAUAACUGUGUGUUGGCAUAAAUAAAUGAAAAAGUAUUCGGAUAUUUCAUGACGAAUAAGAAAUUACUCGGGCUAAAAAUUUAGAGUUGCUAAAAGUGUACAAAAUGUCUUGGCUGAAUUUAAAUGACAGUUUAAAUACUCUCAAGGGACAAAUAUCAAACUUUGCUAACAAUGUUUUGGCUGACGAUGAUGAAGGGAAAGAUCCAAACAGUCCAUUUGGAGAUUUAAAAGAACUUCAAGAAACCUGUAAUAAACAACAGGAAGAGAUCAAUUAUUUACGACGACUGAAUGCAGAGCUAAGUGGUAGGACUAACGCAAAUGCUGCCGCAAAAGAUGGCGCUGCUCAGUCGAACGAAAACUGGUCUUGGGAAGUUUCAGAUUCGUUUAAUCCCGAAGAAGAUCAAACAGCUAAAAUUAUUACCGACUUAAAAACGCAAAUAUCGCAGUUACAAAACGAAAAGCAAGAAUUAACGUCAAAUUUAGUUCUACUUGAUAACGAACAUCAGCUAAGUAAUGAAAAACUGAUAAACAUGAAAAAUAAAUUACAAAAAGAAUAUAAUGAACUAGAAGAUGACUACAACAAACUGAAAAAAGAAAACGAACUUUUAAUAACUAAUCAGAAGGAAAGUGAAAUCGAAAUCGAGAAUUUAAAAACAAACAAUGGUUUAUCUCUGAAGAAAACCGUAGCGUCGGCAGAUGAAGUUAGUUCCAAAAAAACGUGUGUUAAGUGUGAAAGGUUUUUACAAGAAAAUCAAAAACUCCAACUUGAAUUAGAAAAGCUGAUAAACGAAAUUACUAUUUUAAAAAGUAAUAAUGCAACUUUACAUAAGGUUUUAGACGAUUCGAAGAACGCCAAUGAUGAAGAAUGUUCACAAAUGAAAGAAAAAGCACAACUGUUAGAAUCAGAAAAUAAGAUUUUAAUUACAGAACUGAAAAACGCUACACAAUCUAUAUCUGAAUUCGAAAAGAAAAGCCAAAUUGAUGCCGAAAACUGUAGAAAAUUAGCGAUGAUUUUGGAAGGCUACGAACAACAAGUUAGUUGUUUAAAACAAGAUUUAUUAGUUAAGGAAUCACAAUGUACUGCAGACUUGGAUAAAUUGAAAAACGAUGUUAUAACGCUUCAAGAACAAUUACAACAAGCAGUUGUUCAGAAGGAACAUACACAUACUAAGUAUGUUCACAUUUUAACAGAAAACAUGAAAAGAUACAUCGAUUCUAAUAAUGGAUGUGAAGACGUUGUAAGAGAUUCUGAAAAUGAGGUUGAUCCUCAAGUGUCGGAAUUUAGUCAUCAGGUUGAAAGUAUAUUAAACCUAUUAAUAGAUUUGAAGUCAAAAUGUGAAUGUUUAGAAAAAGAAUUAUUUAGUGUUACUGAAGAGAAAACGAAUAUUCUGACAGAGAAAAAUCACGAAAUAGAAAAGCUAAUACAAAAUUCUGAAAUUUUGAGCCAAGAAGUAAUUACGAAAUCACAAACUCUAAAAGAUUAUGAGAAUGAAUGCAACGAAUUAAUAAAAAAUAACGAUAUAUUGAUAAAUGAGUUGAAGAUGCUCAAAAAUAAUUCGGGCCUUCAAACGAUUUCCGAAUCUAAUGAAGAUAAUAUUCUCAUGUUGGAAUCACAACUUGAAACCGCUAACAAAAAAAUUGAAGAGUUAGAAGACAUCGUGUCCCAAAAAGAAAACAAUUUCGUAAAUGAAACUACUUCGGAAAAGGUUGAACAACAAUAUGUUACUAUGGUGUCGUACGAAAAGUUAUUGGAAGACCUGAAUGAGUCAAAAAAGGAAAAUUCUAUCUUACAAGAAACAGUGAUGGAUUUCGAAAGAGCUAGUUCAUCAGUUACUGAACAAAACGAAAAUCUGGCAUCGACUUUGGAAAAAUUGAGACUUGAUUUAGAAAAUACGGAGUAUCAAUAUACCGAAAUGAAUAUUAACAUGGAAGUGUUGAAAGAAGAAUUAGAAAAUCAUAGGAGAAGAAUUGAAGAACACGUAGAGCAGAAAAUUUCUUUGGAAAAAUCAAAUUUAGAACUUGAAAGAAAUAAUGAAGACCUCAGAAGCGAGCUCAAUAUUAUUCGAGAAAAACUUUUGAUGGAAGAAGAUAACAGAAGACAAUGUGAAAGUCAAAUUAGAAAUUUUACGGAGAAGUUGCAAAAUGCAAAAAUGUGUGAAACUAGCUUGAAGUUGCAAUAUGACACUAUCAGCAAAGAACUAACUGGUACGGCAGAAGCAAGAUCCAUCUUAGAAUCAGAUUUAAAAAAUUGUCUUGCUGAGCUCACUCAGUGCAAAAAUCAAUUAGUUGAAUCAAGGAAGGAAAAUGAAACAUUAAAAACUACUGUGACGGAGAUGGAAAAUAAAUUUGAAACUUUGCAAACCAAAACUACUGAAACCACCGACCUUGUUUCAAGCACGGAAAAAAAUGUUGAUAAUAAAAUAGAAGAGGAUCAAUUUCAAAACGUAAGUUUAAUUGAAAAUUCAAAUGAUGAAAAACUGCCACAAGACAAUGUUGAUAUUCCUCUUCGUUACGAGCAACUGCAACUUCAAUAUGAUUCAAUUGUCAAAGAAAAAGAUUAUGUGACAGCUGAAAGUGAGAAGCUGAAGUCUGUGGCCACCGAACAUUUAAAAUGUGGCCAGAGUAUAAACAUUUUGGAAAAAAAACUUGAAGAACUCAACUCUACAAAAAAUGAAUUAACAAAUGUUAUAAUAACUAAACAUCAAGAGAGUGUCACAUAUCACAAUGAAAUCCAACGACUUACCCAAGUAUUGAAUGCAGAAAGCGAAAAGAACCGUAACUUAGAGGCUCAGAUCCAAACUUUGAGCAUUUCGGUCAAAGAUAAUACAGAGAUUGAAAAGAAAUGUGAAGAAAUCGACAAAUUAACUGAUCAAAAUCAGUUCUUAAAGCAAAAAUGUGAAGUAUUAGCUCAAAAUUUGUUGGAAGAGCAAAACAAAAUUCAGCAAAUUCUAGCAGAACGUUCUAGUUUUUCCGAAAAGGAACAGAGUUUAACCAAAAAACUAGAACGAUUACAAGCUCAUCUGAUUGAAGUGGAAGAACACUACACACACGAACUGUUACGAGCAGAAGAGAGAAAUACGGAAUUACAAGCCAAAGUAAACGAAAUUGAGCAACGAGAGAAAAAUUCGAGUACAAUGUAUACUUCAGUGAGUAUUAGAGCAAAUCAACAUGUUGAAACGUUGCAACAUCAGCUCCAUUUAAUAACUAAUCAAAGGGAUGAGUUACGAAAAAAGAUAUCUGAUGCAGAAGAUCACGCAAGUAAACAAGAGGCCGCUUUAGCUAAUCUACAAUUUGUGCUAGAACAGUUUCAAAAAGAUAAAGAGAAAGAUGUUCAAAAAGAAACUGAAAGAAUAAGACGCCAAAUAAACAUUGAAAAGAAAGUUCAAGAAGAAUUGAAGAACGACAUAGCAGGUCUACAGUUACAAUUAGAAGAGAGUAAACACGGUCUUCUCGCAGCUUCGAGACUGUCUGACCAGUUGGAGCAAUCUAAACAACUAAUAACGACUUUGAAAACGGAAGUAUCCCAGCUUAAAGAAAAAUUACACAAGAAUGAAGAACAUCUACAAAGUCUUUCUAGUCAGUCAGAUGGCAAGGUGGAUAAGUCCCUAAUCAAAAACCUUAUAAUAGGUUUUGUUUCUACAAACAAUAAUUUGAACAAAGAUCAGAUGCAAAUAUUAAAAAUUAUCGCAACCGUGCUGGAUUUCAACCAGCAAGAGCAUGACAAAGUGAAUUUAAGCAAACCCCAACAGGGUUGGUUAAGUUCAUUCAUGAGUCCGCAAACAUCGCAAGGCAUGUCACAAGAGUCAUUGUCACAGGCGUUUGUCAAAUUUUUAGAAAACGAAUCAAAGCCCAGGCUAGUACCAAGUUUACUAAACAACAGUGGUGAAACACCCAAGUCGCGAAAAACAAGUAGUACAUCAGCUCCACGACAGUCACCGAGCAUUUUGUCGGAAGUCGUCCUACCAACAUUUGCAGAUUUUGCACAAAAUAGAAAUUCCAGUUCCAUUCUAAAAGAUGUUCUCAAAGAUAACAGUUAAUUAAUAUACCUUCAUUAUUUUUGUAUUAUGUUGUUUGUUCUAUUUAAGUUGUUAUAAAUAUAUUGUACAAAUAUUUUAUUAAUAUAUUUAUAUAAAGUUAAUAAACAAAGCUUCGCUUUUUUAA